CUGAUGGAAAAUAAUAAAGCUUCGCUGGACGUGUAAAAUGAUACUUAUCCUCUUUGGACUACUCUCAGAAAAAGGAUGAAGGUCUCCGUCUUCUUGAUGCUGCUGGCACUGGCCGGGUUUGCGGCCGGCAAAGGGCUUAGGGUGCCACUAAAGCAGAUGGAUUCUUCCCGUAAGACCAUGAAGGGUCUUGGUCUUGCCUAUGAGAAAGUGCAACGCCGAUAUGGCAGUGGCAAGUUGAUUUCAGAGCCACUCACCAACUACCAAGAUGCCCAGUAUUACGGACCGCUCACCCUGGGCACACCGCCACAGGAAUUCGACAUUAUUUUCGAUACGGGAUCGGCCAAUCUUUGGGUUCCGUCCAGCGAGUGCGCCCCAUCCAACUUGGCUUGCAGAAAUCACAAUCAGUACAAUUCUUCGUUGUCGAGCACCUACACGCCCAACGGAACCGAGUUCAGCAUCCAGUAUGGCACCGGAGCCAUGACAGGUUUUCUGUCGACCGACGUUUUGGGCAUCGCAGGUGCCCAGGUGAUCGACCAGACCUUCGCCGAAGCCGUUGAGGAGCCCGGAGUCGUCUUCGUGGCUGGCCGUUUCGACGGCAUUUUGGGCAUGUCUUAUCCCAGCAUUUCAGUCCAGGGCGUGGUCCCCAUGUUCCAGAACAUGAUGGCCCAGGGUUUGGUCGAUGAGCCCGUCUUCUCUUUCUGGCUCAACAGGAACCUCAACAACCCAGAAAAUGGAGGCGAAAUCCUUUUCGGUGGCACCAAUCCAACUCAUUACGAAGGAGAAAUUACCUACGUCCCUGUUUCACGUAAAGCCUACUGGCAGUUCUCUGUCGAUGGGGUGAACCUGGCCGGCUACGAUGAAUAUCCGUUCUGUAAUGGUGGCUGUGAAAUGAUCUCCGAUACUGGAACUUCUUUGAUCACCGGACCCACCGAGGAAAUUACGCUGUUCCACAAGCUGAUUGGCGCCCAAGUCAACAUUGUUGGCGAAGGAAUUGUUGACUGCAACGAAAUUCCCAAUUUACCUGCAAUGACUUUCACGAUCGGUGGCAAACCUUUCGUCCUGGAAGGAGUUGAUUACAUCAUCCCGUUCGUCGAUACUACCACCAACGAAACCUUGUGUCUGUCGGGAUUUCUGGGACUGGAUAUUCCCGAGCCUGCCGGACCCUUGUGGAUUUUGGGCGAUGUCUUUAUCGGCAAAUUCUACUCGGUUUACGAUUUCGGUCAGGACCGCAUUGGUCUCGCCGUUUCCAUCGACGAAUGAAUCGAUUAAAUUAACAACUUUUGAUCUACUCUCCAUUGCCCCCACCGGUUGUUUCCAGUCCAGUAAUAUUAUUAUUGUGCGGAAUAAAUCACUAUUAACCGUU